UUGAUAACCUGUACGUUUCUCUCUCUGUGAAUCAGUCUGUCUCUGGUUGUCGAGCAGGUCAUUAGAACUCACGCCGCAUUACAGUAUGACAUUGCCGGGGUUUGUGAUGCUGCUAUGCAUCCUGGGAGCUCAAGCCACCAUGGAUUUGAGAAAUGCUGCUGCUAUGGCUGCAGGCUUGUGUAACACCAAACCCACUGAUUUGGUGUUCAUCAUCGAUAGCUCUCGAAGUGUCCGCCCCUCGGAGUUCGAGCAGGUCAAGGUCUUUCUGACCAAAGUAAUUGACGGUUUGAAUGUUGGGCCUGAUGCUACUCGCGUGGGCGUCGUCAACUACGCCAGUCGGGUGAAGAACGAGGUCUCUCUAAAGUCCCACAAAACCAAGGCAGCGCUGGUCAAGGCCGUGUCCAAGAUCGAGCCAUUGUCCACCGGUACCAUGACUGGCCUCGCCAUCCAGUUUGCCAUGAACGUGGCCUUCAGUGAAGCUGAGGGAGCACGCAAAUCCCCUGACAUCAGCAAGGUGGCCAUUAUUGUGACUGAUGGCAGACCGCAGGACAACAUCCGAGACAUUGCAGCAAGGGCGCGGGAGGCUGGCAUUGAGAUAUUCGCCACCGGAGUUGGUCGCGUGGACAUGACCACACUCAGACAGAUGGCCAGCGAGCCUCUCGAGGAUCACGUUGACUAUGUGGAGAGCUACAGCCUCAUUGAGAAGCUCACCAAGAAGUUCCAGGAAGCCUUCUGUGAGGUUGUGUCGGACCUAUGCGUGACAGGCGAUCAUGACUGUGAGCACAUUUGCAUCAGCACACCCGGAUCUUUCAAGUGUGCCUGCAGAGAGGGAUAUACACUUCAGGGCGACGGCCGAUCAUGCAGCGCUUGCAGUAAUGCAGCCAUAGAUGUGGUCUUCUUGAUCGAUGGCUCCAAGAGUGUGAGACCAGAGAACUUCGAGCUGGUCAAGAAAUGGAUCAACCUGAUCAUAGACAAACUGGACGUGUCAGAGACAAACACCCAUGUGGGACUAGUGCAGUAUUCCAGCACCGUGAAGCAAGAGUUCCCCCUGGGACGCUACAACAACAAAAAGGCCCUGAAAGAAGCAGUGAAAAAGAUGGACUAUAUGGAGAGGGGAACCAUGACUGGCCAGGCCAUCAGUUUCCUAGUGGACAAUAGCUUCACUCCUAACCAGGGUGCCAGACCUGGAGUGGCAAAGGUCGGUAUUGUCUUCACUGAUGGCAGGUCACAAGACUUCAUUGGAGACGCUGCCAAGAAGGCCAAGGAGAAUGGCUUCAAGAUGUAUGCUGUGGGUGUUGGCAAUGCUGUUGAGGAUGAGCUGAAAGAAAUCGCCUCUGAACCUGUCACUGACCAUUACUUCUACACGGCUGACUUCAAAACCAUGAACCAAAUUGCCAAGAAGCUGCAAAUCAAUGUUUGUCAGGAGGAAGAUCCCUGUGAAUGUAAUUCCAUUGUCAAGUUCCAGAAAAAAGUGGAGGAGGCACUACAGGCAUUAACAAAGAAAUUGGAAGCUGUGAUGAAAAGGAUCGCCGCCCUGGAGAACAAGAUUGUUUGAGAAGGCACCAACAUCUAAUUCUCACACUGCCAUCCCUUUCUUUUCUUGUAAAAAAACACCUCCUGUGACCUCUGACCCUAAUGCUUAAGUUCCUCUCCUCCACUCCAAUUAUUUCUGCUACUCUCCCUUCAUCACUAUUGUCCAUGGGGAUGGAGCACUGAUUGCGAUGGUGACCAUGGUUUACUUGACCAUGCUUGCUCC